CUGAGCGGUGGGAAGGCAAACAUUUGAGACGAUGAUGAUGUGAGCACAUGGGGGAGGAAAUAAAUCAGCUGGAUCUCAAUUGAGUGGCUUUAUAAGGUGCACAAGUGCAAACGUGGAAAGAAGUGGAGUUUAUCGCUGUUUGUUUUCAUUUGUGGACAGAAGGAAAACACGUCUUGUGAUCAAGUGCCAAAUGCCGAGACUAGAGGAGCGCUGUUGGAGCUGCAGCGGUAUAAAAGCGAAAGAUUUGACAGAUCUGUGUCUCUGGAUGGCGUCUAAACUCGGGGAGAUGAUGUCCACGAUCACGUCUGUGCUCCUCCAGGUCCGCUCUGCUCAUUUAAUCCGCCGUGGACUCGUCCUGUUUGCGGUCGGCGUCAUGUUAGCACUGGUGCUUUAUUUCCUGCAAAUCCAGCGGAAGGAUGCGCUCUUCCCCGAUGAAGUGCUGGACACUUUGUUUUCCUCGGCAUGGUGGAUUCCUCUCUGCUGUGGAACAGCUGCCGCCGUGGUCGGUUUGCUGUAUCCAUAUCUGGACAGCCAUCUUGGAGAGCCACACAAGUUUAAGCGCGAGUGGGCGAGCGUCAUGCGCUGCAUUGCCGUCUUUGUCGGCAUCAACCACGCCAGUGCUAAGCUGGACUUUGUGAAUAACGUGCAGCUCUGUCUCACGCUGGCCGCUCUGUCUCUGGGUCUUUGGUGGACGUUCGAUCGCUCCAGGAGUGGAUUCGGUUUGGGCCUCACUACAGCGUUUUUCGCUACGCUCAUCACACAGCUGUUAGUUUACAACGGCAUCUACCAGUUUCCGUCUCCACAGCUGGGUUACGUUCGUUCCUGGCUGCCCUGCAUCUUCUUCUCAGGAGGAGUGACGGUGGGGAACAUCGGCCGGCAGCUGGCCAUGGUUACGAAUGAAAAACCUCACAACGACUAGAGAGCAGCACGGCCUGACCCUGAGCACCACAGCGUGGAGGGACGAGACGCUUCCCGCCGCCUUCCGCUCCCUCCACAUCUCUUGUUCGUGUUAAUUAUAGAAAAGGCAAGCCGGACCGGGUGUGUCCUGACGACACGAGGCUGCAAAACGAACAUAACAGAACUCCUCGUCCAUGUUGACGUCACCACUCGAGUGUUGCUGAUGGCGUGAGAGACCAUUAUGGGGUUAACUCCCUGUCAGAAAGUAACUGUACACGAGUGCAGGUGGUUAUUUUAAAAAUCCCAAAUCCAGAGUCGAUUUUGGUAAAAACCCUACUCAACAUCCCAGUAAUAUAGGUGUGGCUCUCUCCCACUCAUCUCUUCUGGGCCAUCCACUAGCUCCGCCCCUCAUCACCCUAGUGGUAUCGAUGUGGCUCUUCCCCAUUUAUCUCUUCUGGGCCAUCCACUAGCUCCGCCCCCUCACCAGCUUAGUAUUAUCAAACACCUCUUAUCUCUCUUGGCUCCGCCCUUUAACACAUUAAAAUCAGGAGUUUUCACUUUUAAAGGUUAUUCGCGAUUUGUUACGUGACUGAUGGGUUUGUGAUCUCUAAAAUCGUGACCUCGUCUUGCGCAGUUACUUUGUGAAAGAACUCCAUAGAGUUAUGUAGCACAACUGAUUCAGUUGUUCAUUUAUACAGUGUGGUAGCUUAAUUAAGUGUGUGUGAUUGAGCGAUUCAGACUCUCUGAAUGAAUCUGAUUGCAUUAAAAGUAUGUGUGUGUGUGUGAGUUUAAAGAAGAAAAAAAAAUGAUGGUGGCCAAAUGUAUGCUUCAUGGUUUGGAUCUGUGCUGGAAAAUGACGCUAAACGUAAAGGGAAGAGUUUCAAGGCUGCACGCAAAAAGCGAAGAGUCGUAAACUUUCGCUCAUGUUGUUAUAUCGUCUUAGUAACAAUGAAUAGUAGUGUUACUUUACAGUGAAACUCAUUUGCCAAAUAAAAUAUUAUAGUUUAAUAGCAAUGUGUCACGAGGCCAAGUUCAACCACGUCCUCUUGUGUAAUGUAGGACACCAGGGGCGUGCAGUUCGUGUCAGAGAAACCUGUUCAGAUUUAAUUCAAGAAUUAAAAAUGUUACAUUCUGUACACCAUUUUUAAUUUCUUUUUAUGAAGGUCCUUUAAUUUAAAAAAAGCAGCCUUGAAGAUUUUGCAAUCUGUGAUUGCCUUUGUAAUAUAGAACGAGUGCAUUUGUCUCACUCUCUUUUUCCUUAUCACUUUAUUCAUUGUGUUUUUGCUCCUCAUGUGUAAUCUGUUUUUCUUCUAAUCGUACAACAAAAAGCGUGCCGUAUUUUCCCGAAUGCGAGUUGAAAUUCUACGAAUCUGAGUCUUUUAAAGAAGCUCCGCCCAUCACAGUCGCUGAUUGGCCGACGGUGCGGUUCUCUAAACUGAUCUCGAGACUGAGGUGUAAUGGAUAACAUUUUUAGCCAGACUUCACGACAAGCUGUUUUCAGGACGAUGAUGUAUUUUCUAGAUUAGAUUUAAACAGCAAGUGUGUGCAUAUAUAUUUUUAUAUAUCUUAUUGUUUUGUUUGCUUAAUAGUUGCAUAAUUGUCUGUAAAUUAAACAGCUGUAUCAGGAAGAUCAAUGAUAGAGUUUUAACCAGAUGUAAAAUAAUUAAACACUCCUGAGCCAAUCAGAAUUUACGAGGUGUGACUUAUAUUCUGGAAAAUACGGCAAUUUUUGGGACUUGAGCAAAUUUUUUUUAAGUGCAAUCAGUUACAAACGAGCCUUGAUAUUUAUUUUGAUUUUGUUCUUGUUUUUUUCAUUAAGGAUCAUAUGCAGUAUGAAGAAAGCAAUAACUCGCGUUCAGAGUUAGCUCACGUUCACGCACAAAACCACCAAUGACCACUUCUACUGUUCUUCAUUUUUUUUAAAGGGUGUAUUGUCGCGUUUUAACUGUCGAGUAUUGUUUGAAAUGGAGCUGUAUGACCUUAUUAAGUAAGUGUGUGUUUGUGUGUGGACUUCAGGGAAAUAAUGAAGGCUCGAAAUGAACGAAAGCUUUACUUUUAUUUUUUGAUGUAAUCUUUUUUUUGCACUUGUGCUUUUCAUUUUGUGCGUGUUUACUAUUGUAGUUGCAUGAUUUCUACUUUACUGCCUAUAAAAUAAAAAUGAAGUUUAAAGAUUUGA